AUGCCCCCGACCAUCAGAACAUCGUCGCUCGCCCUCGGCAUCAGCCUCGCUGCGCCGCCCAACUGGUCCUUCGCCGCGGGCGACACCAUCAUCGGCAGCGUCACGCGCCAGCUCGCCCUCGUCGCCCCCGAAGCGACCGUCACCGUCCGCCUGCAGGGCCGCGUCAAGGUCAAGAUCACGGUCAGCCGUGGCAACAAUAGGCACGAUGUCUACCGCAGCCGGGUCAACUUCUUCACGGCGGCGGCCGCCGAGACGCAGCGCGUCGUCUUCCACGGGCCGGUGCACAUCCCGCAGGGCGGCGAGGCGCAGAGCUGGCCUUUUUCGUUGACGAUUCCUACUUCGCCUAUGAUUGCUAGUGCGCAGGGAUUGUCGCAGGAAUGCAGCUUCCUGCGCAUGACGCCGGAGGAGAUGCCAAAGCACCCGCUGCCGGGGACGUUUACGUCGUCGGAUCACGGCCUCUCCACCAGGUCCGAGUGCUACGUCGAGUACUACCUCGAGACUACGAUGCGCUUCGCCCACAAGGGAUCGAUCUCGGUGGCAACGGCCACGCAGCCCAUCAUCAUCAGGCACCCCAGCACGGCGCAGCCCAUUCUGGACUUCCGCCCGAUGCAAAAACCCUGGCCUCGUUCCGUGCGGUCCUAUCGCCUGAUUCCCGGGCAGGAGUCUGCGGAGCUGUCCUUCAAGCAAAAGAGUCAAAAGUUCUUUGGCUCGUCCAAGGUCCCGCAAUUCAACUUUAAGCUGCAUGUCUGGGUGCCUUCGGUCGUUCAGCUGGAUAACCCGCUGCCGCUGCCCAUUCAGCUGCUCGUCGAGCCGGCAGCCCAGCAGACAAGCGCGGAGAUCCAAGACGUCGUCCAGAUCGUCACGUUGAAUCACAUCAAGGUGACCAUCAAGGCCAACACGCAAGUGCUCGCCCCGGGGAACUGGUCCGGCAGCCCUCACGACGACAACCACCGCAGCAGCGCCAAUCUCGGAAUCGAAUUGGUAUUUGCACGGCUGGGCGAAGUGCUCACCAUCCCUUCCGCCCCAGGCGACACGCCAGUCGAUAUCGGCCAACGACUUCAGCUGCGUCUGACGUCGCGAGGCCUCUGUGCUGGAGACAAGCUCGUCAGCACUGCGCAGUACCUGCGUCCUGGUUUCGCGACAUACAGCAUCCGACACACAAACAGCUGGAAGUGGUCAAUAAAUUACACGAUAGCAGGCGAGAAGCAGAAGCUCGAGUUUGAAGUUCCCAUCGAGAUUCUGCACCCGCCUGACGGCCGACAACCUGAACAGCCUGAGCCAGUCAUCAAUGAGGCGAUCGCGCCGCCAGCCUAUGCACCUCCGCCAUUUGAGGCGGCACCUGUAACUGAUAUGAAAACCGUCGAACCCGGACCAGUGGAAAGGAAGGAGGACGUCUAG